GAAACUUAUUUAAUGGUUGUUUGAGGAAAGAGGAGAGACGAGGAGAAAUUAGUCAGAAUAAUGCAAAUGUCGAAAGUUACCAAUCGGUUAUGUAAACUUCCAGGUCGUUUAGAUGGCAAAUUGGCAAUUGUCACUGGGGCUAAUAUUGGCAGUGGUCUUGAAUUGACUGGAGAGUUGGCGCGUCGUGGAUGCACGGUGAUAAUGGCUUGUAGGGAUUUAGAAAGAGCAUGUUAUGGCAGGGAAUCACUGAUUGAUCGUUAUGGUGAAAGGAGUCAAGAGGCCUGGCGAAAAUCACCAGCUGGAGCAGCUGUUGAACCAUUUCUGCAGGCGGUUAAAUACUCACAGUUAAUUGUCGAACAUCUCGAUUUAGCCUGUCUAUCAUCUAUACGUGAAUUUGCCAGAAAAAUCCAUAGUACCUAUACCCGAUUAGAUUUGCUAAUUCAUAAUGCUGGUAUGAUGGCGACAAGUUAUAUGGAGACACAUGAUGGCUUAGAAUUGCAAAUGGGUGUCAAUCAUUUCGGGCCAGCGUUAUUAAUUGAUCUACUACUCCCAUUGUUAGCCAAUGCAUCUUGCUCAUUACCAUGCGCGCCAGCUUCACCGUCACGUAUCAUUGUGGUCGCUUCAAAUUUAUAUCAACAAGGUGAAAUUGAUUUGGAUAGGUUAAACUUGAAAGGUGAUCAAUAUGGUCCAUUCAAGGCGUAUAAUCAAUCCAAAUUGGCUAUUAUAUUAUACAUAAGAGAGUUGGCGAAUCAGUUAAACAAUCUACGGAUUAUCCCAAUGACUGUACACCCUGGGGCUGUUCGAACAGAAAUAUCAUAUACAGCAAAUAAUACCUAUCAAUUAUUUCUACGAGCUGUUGGUAUCAGUCCAUGGGAAGGUUGUCAAACUGCUCUAUAUUGUGCUCUAGUGAAUGAUCCGGUGCCUGGAGGAUUCUACUCAAACUGUGCCCUGGAAGAGUUAACUGAAAAAGCUAAAAAUGAUCAGUUGGGCAAAAAAUUAUGGCUAGUAACACGUGAAAUAGUUGGUUUACCACCAAAUUUAACUCUACUAUAUUGA